AUGUGCCUCCCUCUCAGCCCAGAGGGAAAUUCACAGGCUCCCCGUGAGCCGGGCAGCCCCGAGCGGCUGCUUCCCGCAGGCCGGAGCUUUCAGCGUCUCGCAGUGGUGCCUCCCUGGGCGGCUCCUGGCUUACUGAGAGGAGGGCACCCUGUGGCUUCCCAAGGCCCCUGUCCCAGACGACCUGUCUCAGGCCAGCGGGAAACGCAGGAACCUCUAGAGACCAAGCACGAGACCCAGGUUGUCUCCCCGGGGCUCCGGGGAGGGUCUUCCAGCCUCCCCCAGCUGCUGGGGGCUCGGGUGCCCCGGGCCCAUGGCCUCACCAGCAGCCUCGCCGUCAGGGAGGCCGUGUCUGCCUCUCCCCACGAGGCCCUGGGAGGCGCCUUCCAGCCUCAUCCGUGCUCUCAGAGUCCUCCUCUCGCCACCCCCGCCACGCCUUUCCCACAGCUCCAAGGGGGCGCCCUGUCGCCCACCACAUCCUCUGUCCACUCAGCGGCCCCCGUGGGUGCGGGCGCAGCUUGCGACCCUGUCCGGCUGGGCUGGGGGUCCGGGGUGAGGACGGCUACCUGCCGCGCAGGGAGGCUGCGCACGCGGCCGGGGCCCCCGCAGCACUUUCAGCCUCUCGAGGUGGCUCUCCUGGGAACUGAAGACAGCGGCCAGGAAGCCAGCCCGGAAACGCUGCAGCCUGGCUCCUGGCGGCCACCCCACCUCGCCCCGCCGGAGCCGUGA